AUGGUGAUGUUAUAGUUCAUUAUCUUUCCCUCUGGUGCAACUAUUUAUUUGGUCAGUAAAACCUCGUACAUCUGACCGUGUAAAGAUCACCCAACUCGUAUCAGUAUCCUUCCAGUUCUGGCCUUUAUCUUCGGCUGAUAGUUAAACAUGGUGACUUCAAGGUUACUUCGUGGUCUUUUGUUUAUCGUACUCAGCUAUCAAUGUGUCCAGCUAGUGGAAUGUGCUCAGUACGACGAAUUCAAGGUGUUGCGGGUGACAGUCAGUUCCUCAACAGAUGUUAUUGUAGAUGAAAUUAAACAUCUCCAGAAUAAAGGAAGAGUAGAUAUCCUGGUUUUGUGUCCAGUGAGGGGUAUUAUGGACCUGAUGGUUGGUCCAAAACAUCUGAGUGCAGUGUUGGAGACACUGGACAAAUUCUACGCUGAAUUCAAGAUUCAGAAUGAUGAUAUCGGAAAAAUCAUGAAGCAACAAGCAGAAGAAAAGAUUUCUAAACUUGGGAGGAGUUCAGACAGUGUUUCCAUCGACGAAUCGUUCCACGAUGAUUACCAUUCUUACCAAGAGAUGGUUGAUAGACUGGAAGCACUAGCAGCAACCCAUUCAGAUAAAGCCAAGGUGUUCUCUCUGGAGGGGAAAACAUUUGAAAACCGAGAGAUCAAGGCGAUUCGUAUAACGAACCAUAUUUCCAACACAAAACUAUCCGAUUCAAAACCAAUGGUCUGGUUGGACGGAGGUAUUCAUUCUCGAGAAUGGGUAUCAUCAGCUACAAUGAUGUAUUUUGUGGAUGCCAUGCUUGGGGAGGAAGAAAAAGGCCAACAAGCCACGAUUGAUAUUAUACUGGACAGGUACCAAAUAGUAAUAGCCCCGGUUAUCAACCCUGACGGGUAUGUAUUCAGCUGUGAUGGUGACAGUGGAAGGGCACUACAGUGGAAAACUGAAGUCUGCGACAGGAUGUGGAGAAAAACAAGAACUGACGUAGGAGGGUGCGAAGAAAAUAAGCGUAUGUGGUAUGGAGGGUGCUUACAUUACUUCUGCUGGGGAGCGGACCCCAACAGAAAUUGGGAUGCAGAGUUUGAUUCCAAAAAAGGAGUUAGUGAUAACCCUUGUACGAUCGUAUUUCCCGGAAAAGAAUAUUGGGAUCAACCUUGUGUCAAUAUUGUGAAAACCUACCUCGAGAAAAACAAGGAGAAGCUGGUUUUGUAUGUUUCGUACCACGCUUACCUUCAACUGUUCCUGGUUCCCUGGGCACACAGCCAGGAAGCUCCCCCACACCAUGAACACCACAUGAAGGUGGGGAAAGGUGUUGUGGAGGCUAUAAAAGGAGUACAUGGGAAAGAUUACAAGGUUAUACAAGUGGCGGUAGAUUUGUACAUGGUGAGCGGGUCCAGUAUUGAUUGGGUUUACGACAAACUAGGAGUGGUUGAUGCUUACGGGUUCGAGCUGAGGCCAGAUGGUCAGAGCGAGUAUGGUUUCUUACUCCCCAAAGAUCAGAUCAGGGAAACUGGAGAGGAGAACGUUGCUGGGUUGUUCGUUCUCAUUGAUAACAUAUACGAGCGAGCCAUUGAGGAUGACGGUGGGAACAAUGAUAGCGAUGGAAACGGAAAUGAUGAAGGAGAUAAUAAUGGAGACGAUGAUGGAGAUGAAGGUGAAAAAAAUGACGGUGUAGAUUAGAGCAGAGACGAUGGAAUAUCAAUAACAGGGAGUGCAAGGAGAGCUCUUGAAAAAUGACGAUCAGUGCUGAUGAGCGAAAUCGAAAUUAUUAAUUACAUUGACAAUGAAUGGAACAAAAUAAAUUGUAGAUUUAAUCAGAGCAAAAGUUAUAAAUUAAUUUUAGAUUCGAUUGAACUCAAUUUAAAUUGA